UGUGGUCCUUAGAGAGUCUGUCAGUGCGUCUGCGGGUUGGUCUAAGUGGUGGGGAGUGGGACAUUGUCGUGCACCUAUCACCAUGGAUGAUUACCCGAUGUAUGGUUUACUCAUUGGGUUCUCCCUCUGGGGGACCCUCUGGCGUCUCCUCUUUCCCCUGGGGUUUUGGCACACGUUCAUGUGUAGAGUGGAUACCAGGGGUGGUGCCUCCACCAAGCCCUAUACGAAGGAAGAGGAGGAGAAUAUGGCCGCCAUCCUGAAGGAAAGGAAAGAAAAGAAAGAGGCCAAGAAGAAGGCCUUGAUGGAGGAACAGGCGGCGAAGCUGAAGAAGAUGGAGGAGGAGAUGGCCAGAGAAAAAGAGAGAUUGAAGAAAGAGGAGGAGGCGAAACUAAAGGAAGUAGAAGAGGAGGAGGAAGAUGAGCAGCCACUGGAGAGGAGGAGAGAGCAACAAGGGCAGUACAGUGGGAGUAAAAAUGAUGAGAUGGAGAAGAGGAUUUCAGAAUGGGUUGCCAACUUGUCCUUGGGCGAAGAAGAAGAGGUCGCCAUGUAUAUUCCCAAGGAUGAGCAGGAGGCCACCAUGAAAGAAUGGGAUGCAGAGGAAGAUCCCCUGAAGCGGCGAGCGAUGGCGGAUGAGAAAAAGAUGGAGUGGAGGCUCAGGAUGAUGAGGGAAAAGAAAAGAAGAGUAGAGGCGGCAAGGGAGGCGGCCAAAGAGUUAGAGCAAGUCAAGAACCUGAGAGAGCAGAUGGCUGCCCAGGUGGAUCUCCAACGAAAGGUGGAGAUCAUUGCCCAGAGUGUUGAGCGCUUAGCCCAGCAAGUCUCCCCAGAUCAGCACGUGUUGAUAGCCAUUCAUGCGCUUAGAGAUGAGGCUGCCAGUUUCGCGAGGUCUCUAGUCCGCUCUGCCAACUGCAACGAUGAUGCAGUUGCCUACUCUUCGUUCACCCCCCUCAGAGAUUUCGUGAAGUUGUUGCGCGAGCGAUUUGCUGAUGUCGCCCGCAGAGCCAAAGCCUCUGAUAGGCUCCAGACCAUCCAUUCUCGCCAAUGGAAGAGUGCCAGGGCACUCAAGGGUGUUAUGGACGAGUGGGUGGCUGUCCCUGACCAUGGGGUCACAGAGACCCAGUUGGUCAACCUCUUCUACAGGGCUAUGUGGGAAUCUCCGAGGGGGCACUUCUUUGCGAAGAGUCAAGAUCCUGCUAUGACGUCUGACCCACUCAACAGGGAAGUGGUAGCCUUUGAAGCAGAGUCCGCGUCAGUAUCCACUUUCUGGCAAAAGGACCUGGACAAAGGCGCCUUAGUGGAUAGUGGAGCCACUCGUAGUUAUAUUAGUAGGAAGGUGCUGCAGAAGCUGAAGUUGCAGUUAAAGGUCCAAAGACUAGCAGACCCCAUAGUAAGUAUCCUCGCGGACAAUCGCACCAUGCGAGUGGAGGAGUACGUAGAGGGAGUCCAGGCGUAUUUCCGCCUGGAACAGGAUGGGAAGGUGGAGAAGGUCCUCUAUUCCCUGACUCUCCUCGUAGAGGAUAGCCUCCCGUUUGACAUAGUCCUAGGUAUGGACUGGGGAGAGGCAGCAGGGGCCACACUCCAUUUGAGAGAGCAUGAGUGUAGGCUCCCUAGUCUGUCAGGCGGCGUUAAGACUGCCCGUCUGUUCCAUGUGUCAGGAGUAGACAACUCCCUGGCACAUUGCUGCCUUAGUGCUCCUGCGUUUGCACGACUGGUAAAGAAGGAACAACUAGAGGAACAAGUUUUUGUAGCCUAUGUUAGGCCAGUAACUGAGCCUAAGGAAGAAAAGCCUAUAGACCCUGCUAUUGCCAAGCUGCUGGAGGAGUUUAAAGAUCUAGCUGAGCCGCCGAUAGGAGUAGUCCCGCGGCCCAUCCAGCAUCGAAUCGAGAUAGAGCCUAGCAGUAGGACGCCCAAGGGAGCCGUGUAUAGGAUGUCCCCGCAGGAGCUAGAGGAGCUGCACAAGCAAGUAGACGAGCUCCUCGAGAAGGGUUGGAUUAGGCCAAGUUCGUCUCCAUUUGGAGCACCUGUUCUGUUCGUUCCCAAGAAAGAAGGAGAGCUUAGGAUGUGUAUAGACUAUAGGGGUCUGAAUGCUAUCACAGUCUUGGAAAAGCUGAGAGAAGCUAACUUCAAGAUCAACGCGAAGAAGUGUGAAUGGGCGAAGACCCAAUUGUUGUAUUUAGGCCACGUCUUAGACGGAGACGGCAUCAAGCCAGAGGAUAGUAAAAUCGCAUCGAUCAGAGAUUGGCCUACACCGCGUACGUUGACAGAAUUGCAGUCGUUCUUAGGCCUAGCAAACUACUAUAGGAAGUUCGUAAGGAACUUCUCCACUAUCGUUGCGCCCCUUCGCAGACUACUCAGGAAAGAGACUAUCUGGAAGUGGGACAAGGACUGCACGUCUGCUAUGAAGAAGUUGAAGCAGGCACUGAUAGAGUAUCCAGUCCUUAAGGUGGUCGACCCGUCCUUACCCUUUGUUGUCACUACGGACGCCAGUCAGUACGACAUAGGUGUUGUUCUGCAGCAAGACGAUGGCAAUGGUUACAGGCCCGUAGAGUUCAUGUCUGCUAGGAUGCCUUCAGAGAAGGUUGCGACAUCGACCUAUGAGAGGGAACUCUACGCUCUCAGGCAAGCGCUAGAACAUUGGAAGCACUACUUGCUUGGGAGGCACUUCAAAGUCUAUUCUGACCGUGAGACGUUAAGAUGGUUAAAGACGCAGGCCAAGAUGACACCUAAGCUUACUAGGUGGGCCGCAGAAAUAGACCAGUAUGAUUUUGAGCUCAAGCCAGUCAAGGGGAAAUAUAAUGUGGUUGCGGACGCUCUGAGUAGGAGAGCUGACUAUUUUGGAGCAAUAGUUCACUAUCUGGACAUAGGGAGAGACCUGCAGGAAAAGGUUAAAGAAGCGUAUGUGCAGGACCCUAUUUAUAGUGACCUCCUCAAGCGAGUAAAGGAGGCCCCAGAGACCGAGCCAGAUUACCGCACUACUAAUGGACUGUUAUUCGAGAAGACUAAUAUAGUUGACCGUCUGUGCAUUCCCGAUAAUGAGGAGAUCCGUAGUCUGAUCUUAGGAGAAUGUCACGACACAGAAGGUCAUUUUGGUUGGCAAAAGACUCUAGCCAAUCUAAUGCACGAGUACACCUGGCCAGGAAUGAAGAAUGACUGCAUAGAAUAUGCCCGCAACUGUAAGUCUGCCAGCGAAAUAAGACUACUACGCGUGCUCCGCUAGGUCUUCUCAGACCCCUGCCUAUUCCUGAUCAGCCCGGAGAUUCAGUGUCCAUCGAUUUCAUGGACGCUGGAGUCAAGAGUAGGCAUGGCAAGAGCCAAGUUAUGGUGGUUGUCGAUAGAUUUAGUAAGUACUCUGUUUUUGUACCUUUGCCUUCAAAGGCACGAACGGAGUUAGUGAUCCGUAAGUUUUUUUAUCAUUUGGUCAGUGAGCACGUGGUCCCAUUGUCCAUAGUUAGUGAUAAAGACACCCGGUUCAC